CGACCAUUUAAGUUCUAUCUUCAAAAUGGCUGAUAAGUCUAAAGGAAAACGAGAAGCGAAUGAAGAAGAAAACUCAACACACACAAACAAAUCUGAUGAGGAAAAUAGUGAUGAUGACUGGGUUGGCCCCACCUUAAAUGAAGCUACGAAACCAAAGAAACGGAAAAGUAUAAGGAUUUUAAUUUUACUAUAAACCACUGCCCAAAAAUGGCAUGCAAACCAAGCCCACCAAAUGGCCCGCAAACCAAACCAAUUCUGUCAACAAUUGAAAUCAAAUUGAUUUUGACUUUCUACGCUGUAUUUUUAACUAUGUACUUGGGCAAUUAUACAUGUAUUAUUCAGAUUAUGUCAUUCAACUCUUUCUGUAUCAAAACAAAAUCCAUUAUGGACCCUUUAAAAUGAAAUUGUAGGCUAUUGACAGUAUUUUGGCCCCCUGCCACUUUUAAACCAUCACCCCAUGCCCAUUAUUGGUAGAUACUUUGACUCUGAAAUUUUAAAUAAAUAGUGUCAGAAUAAUGUAGGUACUUCGGUAAAGCAAGGGAGACUACUAACAAAUUUGUAUGAGAAAUUGGCGUCUGUGUGUGAAAAUCCGAGUUUUUAAUUUUUUGAUGUUGGUACUAUCCGUCUAUUUCAUUAAUAAAAUAAUUACUAUAUCAUAUCCCAUAAUUGUAUUCCGUUUCAGGCCUUUCACUUUAGAGGACAUCUUGGCCUACAUUUUAAUCAAUUUCUUUUUCAUUUACCAUCAGUCAACUUUGAGAAAAUCCAUGGUAAAUAAAAGGCAAUUUUCAUCAUUAAAAUUAAGUCCAAGUAAAAGAUAUGGCACUGCCAAAUUUUUUAUACAUCUACGUCAUGAGGGGAUACUGAUCUUCUAUCAAGCGCCUCCCCAGGUGGCUGAUAGGGGAAAGCCCACCAGAUAUGGAGGGUAACAGGGAAAUAAAAUACCCAGGGCGGACCAAAAUCAGUAUCUACUGCCUUGUAGGAAGUGGAGGGAUCCACAUAGGCUAGGGACCUGAAUCAAUACAAAAGCAGAUACCCUGAGAACUGCAAGGGGCAUCCCCCCAGACGGUUAUGCGCUGGGCUGAUGACCCUGUCACGUAAAAAAGUAAGUGUUACAAAAGUUAAACCACAUACAGAAAAACGGAUUGAUAUUGGAUUUCGACCCAAUGCCUGACCAAAAAUCUGAUGAUGGAUAUACACCAGUUGGGGGUUCGUGUAUGGAGGCGGAAAGUCAUGGAUCGCUCCUAAUGGAAGGAUGUGGUGGAGCGGGCCAGGGUCCUACAUGGACUGCUGCAUCACUGAUGAUGAUGAUGUAUUUAUCAACAUGUAUGCCAAUUUUAACAGCGCUAUGUGUUAUAUGAGAGAUGCCAUGUUUCUACGGGUUAGCAGCAAGUCAUGCAGUUCGCCUACCCCAAUUUUGAUGGAUGUGACCGCGCCCCCUUUUAAUGGCGGUAGAUGCCGAUGCUUAGGAAAUACUAAAUUAUUACCACUAUUUACAUCAAAAUAUUUGAUAACUUGUGUUUCAGAAUGCAUUUUAAAGACAUUUAAACUGGAAUGUUUUAAAUUGAGCUUUAAAAGCCCGGUAGAGUCCAUAUUAUAAAUGAUAGAAAUUUUCUGUGUGCCAAACGUUGUCACUAGCAACCAUUCACAGCCACUUGCAUAAUGGCUAUAUCGUAGUACUACCUGAAAGUUUCAUUCAUAAGAGUUUACUUUAUAGUAGUGGAUUAUAAAUUUACGCACUAUUGUACCCACAACUUUCUUACUUUUGAAGACAUUGGUGACAAUGAUUAUAAUCAAUGUUAUUUUUCUUUUUCCUGUCUACCUCUUUAUUUUUUAAGAUUGUUUUAUUGUUAACGUUUACUGGCCUAACUUUCCUUAUUCUUUUUGAAAUGCUAAUUUCUGUAAUUCUUGUCUUUAGCUUUGGCAUUCGAGCAGGUAUAUUUAGAUAGUCUUCCAUGUGCAGAAUACUAUGAAAAAAGUUAUAUGCACCGUGAUGUCAUCAAUCAUGUGGCUGUUAGCAAGUAAGCUACAUAAACAUCUUCUUAUUUUAUAGUUUAUAAUGUACUACUUAUUAUCAGUGCUUUUUGUAAAUGAGAUCAUCACUUUGUGUUUUGUUUUUAUGUUUGAUUUAUUUGUCUAGUUUAUGUGAAUUGUUUUCUCCUCUGGAUUCAGGAAACUUGUGUAGGCACUAAAGAUCUGCUUAUGCAUAUACUUUUUUUUUAUAAAUCUUUAGUUAUGGCCUUCCAAUUGAUCUUGCAUUUAUUAUAAGGAUUAUGUCAAAAUAGAGUUUAAAUUGCUGUCUUCAAACUACUCCAGAACGGGGUUCAUAGUGACAGCAAGUUGUGAUGGCCAUGUCAAAUUUUGGAAAAAGUGUGUUGAUGCUGGAAUUGAGUUUGUCAAGCAUUUCAGGAGUCACAUAGGUAAAUUUGAAAUUUAAAAAACCUUAUUUAAACACCCAGCAUGAUAAAAAAAAUUGCUUGACAUAAAAUAAAUGCAGUUAAUGUUAAAUUGGCUUGCAUUUUUUAAAUUUAAAAUAAAAAAAUUGAACUGAUAAAAUGUAUGUUUGUGUUCCAGGCACCAUUGAAGACUUAGCCAUGUCAUCUAAUGGGGAACUGUGUGCCACUGUAUCAUCAGACAAAAAUGCUAAGGUUUUUGAUGUCUUGAACUUUGGUUAGUAGUCACCAGUAACAGUUUCAUUGCAUUUACACUGAAUGUACAGCAACUACAAACAAAAUAAAUUUCUUAUUGAUUAGGAAAUAUUCAACAUUUUUCCUUUCUCAUUGCACUAAAAAUAUUUAACUGUACUCACUCAUGGGAGGACACUCGCAGCUAACAUUAGAAACAUUCAAGUUAAACUGUCAACUUGUACUAGCUGUGUGGAAUUAUAUCUCAAUUCUCACUGACCCCCAGGUGGCAUUAAAACAUUAUACAUUAAAGAGAGUACUGGAAUUAGUAUCUACAACAAUUUUUUUCAUGUUAUAUUGAUUUUCUUACCCUCCAGAUAUGAUCAACAUGUUGAAACUUGGCUUCCUUCCCAGCUGUGCCGGGUGGCUGUACAAAGCUGGAGAUCCAAUCUCAACACUCGCUAUGUAAAUUGAAGUGCAUUAUUAUGAUCAGAUUUAUGAAAGGUGUUUAUAUCAUCAUAGGGGCUGUUAAAAGAAAACUCAUAGACUUGUUGAAGCUACUAAAUUUUAUCACUGACUGAAAUGCAGAAGGGCUGUUAAAUUUCUUAUAAUUCUGCAUGAAAAGACAAAUUAAGGUUUAAUUCAUGCUCUUCAGUUAGUCUAUAUUUAUAUAAUUUUUUUUUCAAUUCGCUGAUUAGUGGCAGCACAAUUUUCAGAUUAUCUUUUGUUAUUAUUAAUUGUUAUGGGAAAGGAAAUUUACUUGGAAAGGAAAUUGUAAUAUAUUUUCUGCUUACUCUCAUACAUAAAUAAUUCUUUACAGAGCAGAGAAAGACACCCCCAAAAUUUAUAUAUAUGAUGGCAGAGGGACAAGCACGCCUAUGAAAUUGUUAGAGAAAAUCCACUAUGCUCCAGUUACUCUUAUUCAGGUAAUAAACCACAGCGCUGUAGAUUAGUACAUCAUCCUUUUUACUACAGUCAUAUUUUAUAUUUACAUUUGUCAACACUGUUCACUUGUCACUUUGCCUUCAGAUAUCCAUUUCUCCGUAUUCAGUGUUCAUGUGAGCCUUCCAUCCCCAUCUUUUUGGUUUCUUUUUAUCAUUGUUCAGUGCCCAAGUUUAUUUUUACUAUCUUGUGCCAUGUUUUUAACGUAAACUUUAUUGUAACAAUAAUUUAUUUCUAGAUGCAGGUUAAGAGCAGUACAAUGAUUUGAGAAGGAAUUGAAAUUGCAAUGUUCUUUUGUGUAUGUGUGUGUUGUCUCAGCACUUUCUAAUUUAGUAUUUUUUCUCUUAUUUGAUCCAAGUCUGCAAGGCCAUAAACAAAACCUUCCAUUUAUCUCUGUUUUGAGCUAUUCUUUCCAGUUCAUUCCACUUGUUCCUAUUUCUCUCACUCUCUCUCUGUUGAGCUCCCUUCUCCAUGUGUUAUGAGGUCUUCUUUCUAUAACUUUGUGGAUUACGUGGCAGAGACUGUCUAAUAAUAUUUGAUUUUGGUUCCCUCAGUGUAGGGCCCAUUCAUUUCCUCCUCUGUAUUUCAAGCUCAAUGGUAUUACUCAUUUUCUCAAAUGAUCUCAUUUGGGAUAUUUUGAAUUCAUUAUUUUUUUAGAAUCAUCCACAUACAUCUGUUGAUGAAAAACCUGUAGCUCCUUUAUGUUAAUUUUUGGUUUGUUCUACUUAGAGAAGAAUAUUCUUUACAUUUGAAGUGAAUAUUUGUUAGUUUUGCUCUUAUCACAAUUUUAUUGGAUUUCCAUGUCUCUUUUGGUGUGUUGAAAGCUCCCCUCGCGUUCUGUAUUCUGGUUCUACUUUUUAAUUGUUAAGUAAUAUAUCACUGCCAUUUAACAUAUGUUUCAGUACAAUCCAGUGUUUGAGAUUGCCAUUUCAUCAGACAACAAAGGAAUGAUAGAGUACUGGACGGGGCCUAAGAAUGAUUAUGGAUUCCCUAAAAACCUACACUGGGAAUAUAAGACAGAUACAGAUUUAUUUGAUUUUGUAAAGGUAGAAAUUUUGAAUUCCUUUGUUCAUUUUUAAGGGCAAGCACAGAAAAACAAAUGAGCUACGGUGCUGACAAUGGCUUGCAUUAUUAUUUUUUUUGGACUUUCAGGGCGGAAUUGCAUUUGUUCAUGCGUUGAGUCAUUUUUUCUUCCUUCAAAUGAGCUAUUACUGAAUAUGCUAAAUUAUAGAGAUCACCAUCGACUUUCAAAAAAAAAAUUAUUUGUAACAUUGUUUUAUGUUUAGAUGUAUAGAUGGAUAAACUGGUAGUUAUGGGAUAGGGUAUUUAAUUUAACCACGUCUUAAAUUGUAGUCUCUAUUUUCAGUGUAAAUGUGAGCCACUGUCACUGACAUUUUCACCCAACGGUCAGCUAAUGGCAACUAUGGCUACAGAUAGAAAGGUAAGUUUUUUAAUAAAAUAAUUUCUUUGGCUAAUAUAAUAAUAAAAUGGUUUUUCAAGAAGAAGUAUGAAAAAAUGACUUUUUUUUUUUAAUGCAAUAAGUUAUGAUCAGUCUUGGGGAACGUGUUUGUAAUGUCAUGAUUCGUGAGUUGAGUUGGUAUUCUUGUGAUGUGAUUGGUCAAAAAGGAAAUGUAAUGAACAUGUGAGGUAUAGAGAGUGUGUGUGACAAAGAGUAGUUAGUUCUAGUGGUAGAGAAUGUGUCGGUAGUCUCGUUGUGUAGUGUUGGGAGAUUCCAUAUUGAUAGGGUUGCUUCUAGUUCGUGUUAAGAAUGUUUAUCAGGUUUUCAUUAAUGUUGUGUUCGUCAAAAUCAAUAAUUACUUUAUAUUGUGAACUUUUAUGUGAUUAAAGAAGCGCCAUGGGUAACUGAACUGUUGGUGUUCUUGUAAUUAUUGCACAAAAUGGAACUAGCAAGUUGUGUGAGACAUGGUUCAAGUUCAUGCCUUAGACAUUCGGAACUUGGACUGCCCAACAGUAGGAGCAUAUACUACAUAAUGGGGGAGUUAGUAGAAAUACAAAGUUUAUUUAUUUUGAAAAGCAGAUAGGGUUUUAGGACAUUUCUCAGCACAUAGGAUCCAGAAGAACAUUUUAUCAAUAAACUUGAGUGUAUUUACAGAUCCGCAUUUUCAAGGUUGGCUCUGGUAAAUUGUGGAAAGUCUUAGAUGAAUCAAUAAAACAGUUUACAGAGCUUCAGCAGGUGAGAGAUAUCAGAUUUAGUUCAUGUACAGUUAGCUAAUUUCUUUUGGUGAGCACACCUUGAGAUCAUACAUAAAAAAACUUUAAAGCAGCAUAUGUUUUGGGUUUUUUUUUGUUUUAAGAUAAAUCCAGACAUUGGGCACCAACUGAUUUAGUUGACCUGACAUGUUUUGAAAUUAUCCCAGGCAUGGUGGUUUUUUUUUUCUCUCAGCAUUUUUUUUUUCUCUCAGAAUUUUUUUUUAAAAAGUUGAAUAUUAGCAUGAGGCUUAGAAAAGACAAGACCUAAUAAUUGUUUUGUUAUUUCUCCUUUAAGAAAAAGCAGCAGAUUCCAAACAUGGAGUUUAGCAGGAGAAUAGCAGUUGAAAAAGAUCUGGAAAGGUCACCCAGCUUUCAUGUGUGCAAUCUGGGUACAGCAUUGAUUCCAUGAUUUAGUUUUUGAUCCAACUUUAAGGAAACAUUAAAUAUCAUCCUACUUAAUUAAGUAAAAUUUUGGGAGUUUUGUUUGUUAAUUUAAAAGAAAAUGUAAAGAAAUAAUAUUAAUCUCUGUAUUCUAAAUAUAACGUAGAAUAUGGCAAAUUUUGUUUAAGUUAAGCGGAUAAUUUUUUUAACCACCAGUACAUAAAUAAAUAUAAUAUUUUUUGUCUCUUCACAGUUUUUGAUGAAAGUGGUUACUUUUUAUUGUAUUCAACAAUGCUGGGCAUUAAAGGUAAACAUUUAAGUCUUGAAAUACAUAAAUAUAUUUAAAGCCAUGUUACUAAAUAUACUUUCAUUAAUUCUACACAUAGAGCAAUUAUUGUAAUGUCUUUUUUUUUGUAUCCCAUUUAAUUAAAGAUUAGAGUUCCUCAAUAAGUCAAUUUUGUUUAGCCUUAAACAUUUCACAAAUUUUAUACUGUUUUAUCUUUACAGUGAUUAACCUGCAGACAAACACAUGCGUGCGGUGGCUGGGCAAAUCAGAGAAUGUGCGUUUCUUGCAUCUUGCCAUGUUUCAAGGGGCAGGUAAAACUUCCCAGCCCAUUGAUGCUGAAAUGGCUGCCUCAGACAAUCCCAUAUUGAAAAAUGUGUUUGUGGAUCCCAUCUUGGUAUGCACUGCAUUCAAAAAGCCAAGAUUUUAUUUGUUCAGCAGGAGGGAGCCAGAUGAAUCAAGGGGGUACAUGUUUUUUUUUCCUACUUAAUUUAAUUUUGCAUAAUGUAAGAUACCGGUACUGAAGAUAACAUCAAACAAUUUUGGAGGCAGUUAAUUGAUUGUUAUGCUCUCAUGAUCGUGUUAUACCAUGUAACACAAAUAGUUGGGUUUUUUUAAUUUCACAUCACCAUGAUUUAAAUAAUGUCUCCCAAAAAUAAGGGCAGUUGUGAUCUUUGGACAAAAUUUAUCAAAUGUAUCUAAUUAAUGUCCAAAUUAUCACAAUUCAUACCUUAAUCAGCUGAACUUUCCUUUUAUUUCCUUUCAAAUAUAUCAGGAUUCUCUUUUAUUUAAACCAAUGUAGAUGGCUUUAUAUCUUUAACUUCUAUGGUUUGGGAGCAAUCAGUACUAUAAUUAUUAACUUGUGGAAAUUGUGCAAAAGAUUGCAAUCCACCAACAUGCACUUUUCUCUAUUCCCUAGGUCACAUUUAUUAUUCAGAUUCAUAUUGACAAUUUAUCUUGGAUUUGAAAAAUGACCAUCUUUAUAAACUGGCGUUAUCAACCAUUUAUGGUCUUAUUUGUAUAAGAAAUUCAUCAUUAUUUUUUCUUUUUCUUCUAUAGUGCUGACAAUGAAAGAGAUGUGUUCAAUGAAAAGCCUUCAAAGGAAGAAAUAGUUGCAGCCACUCAGGUUUACUUUAUUAAUCAUUUAUUCCUUCAUUUUCUUAUUUUUACUUGUAAAAGAAUAUUGGUGUCUUUUUUUGUUCACAAUAAAUUUAGGUAUUAUACAUAUACUUAAAUAAAUUUAGAUAAUUAUUAUUACAGUGGUCUUAUAUAUCACAGUUGCCCUGCCUAGGACUGGCCUCACCGCGCUGUACAUAAAAAUAUUAGCAAACAUAAUCAUGACAUUAAAAAAUAACAUACAUUAUUUAAUUAAAAAACGGCUCUAUAAAAACAAAAUAUAUGUAUUUAUUUUCAGGAUGCUUCUUACAUGAGGGUGUCUGAUAGCUGUGUCAUUCAUACAACACAGGGAGAUAUUCAUUGUAAAAUAUUUGCCAAGGAGUAAGCAAGAUUUUAAAUAUUAAAAUAGAGGAAAGAACUAAUUGGUUAUGCAGAUAGUUGCAUUCACACCCGACACAAAACCUGUAGUGAUUAUUUGGACCUAGUAGUAGCUUUAGGAUGAGAGAAGCUUUUUAUUUUGCUGAAUAAUUUGAGAUGGAAAAAAUAGUUUUAAUACUAUCAGUUUUUUAUGUUAAUGUUAUCUUAACUGUCGUGAAACUAUGUAUACUAAAAUUGAUUAGUUUCUCUUCAAACUGAAAAAAAAUAAAACAAGGAUUUUUUUUUUCUCAUGCUCAGGUGUCCCAAAACAGCUGAGAAUUUUUGCGUCCAUAGUCGUAAUGGCUACUACAACAACCAUUUGUUCCAUCGUGUUAUCAAGGGCUUUAUGAUACAGACAGGAGAUCCACUGGGUCAGUCAAGCAAAUAUUUAGAACAGUCAAUAAGUUAAUUAGAAUAACAUGGUGUCAUUUCUAAAACUUGUCAAGACCUUUCAUGAUAUGGCAAUCCCUUCAUUAUAGGGCAUGUUCAACAAGUUAAAAUUAUGUUAAUUUUUAAUAGCAUUUCCUACCAUAGGAAUUUUUUAAAUAAUAAAUGAUUUCUAAAACUAUUCUAAAUUAGUCUGAGUAUGAUGUAAAAAAGAUGACUAUUUCAGUAUUUGGCUUCACCUCUUUUAAAUUAACAAAUUUAACUGACAGGCUGUAGUAUGAGCUCAAUGUAUUUUUAGCAUGCUUAAAAUACCUGGUAUAAGGUUUUGUGUUUUAUGAUGAUAUAAGAAUGGAUUAAAAUUAACUUUAAUUAAUAUUGUUCUUCAUUAUCAAUAUAUAGGUAAUGGCACUGGUGGUGAGUCCAUUUGGGGUGGUGAGUUUGAGGAUGAGUUCCACCCCAAUCUAAGACACGAUAGACCCUAUACCCUCAGUAUGGCCAAUGCUGGGCCAGGCACAAAUGGUUCUCAGUUCUUCAUCACUGUGGUCCCUACUGUAAGUUCCUGUUGUUUUUUUCUUAAUACUUUGUCAUCAGUCAUAUAAAACUAUCGUGCUUGUAAAUACUAAGACUAUGGCAGGCUUAGGCACCAGCCUCUUUGCAGCUUGCUGACAGGAUUUUUAAAACAAAUUUUUUUUAGUUUUCCCCAAUAUCUAUAGUAAUUAAACCACACAUUUGAUUCACUUUAAAUAUUGAUUUAAUUUGUGUGUCAUAUCCAGGUGGGAAUCAUAGAAAAAACUUAUAAAGAAUAGCAAUAUUGUUUAUAUAUUACAUUUUUACAUACAUACUGGUGCUAAGAAACUCCCUCCCUGUUUUUGUAAUGUUUACUAUUCCAAUGAGACUUUGAUUUAUUAUGCUAUUAAAUUGACUUUUUAUUCUCUUCUCCUGUGUAAUACAGCCUUGGCUUGAUAACAAACACACUGUUUUUGGAAGAGUUGUCAAGGGAAUGGAAGUUGUGCAAACCAUCAGCAAUGUCAAGGUGAACCCCAAGACUGACAAACCUUAUGAUGAUAUUCGCAUUAUUAGUGUAACAAUCAAAUAGUCUGCUCAUCAUUGGGUUAAUGGUUUGAUUAAAUUUUUUUAUGGCCAUGUAAUACUAACAAAAAUACAUCUAGGUGCAGUUUCGUUAAAUGCUAAUUUUAAAAUUACUGAUUAGAUUUUAUAAAAUGCAAACCAAACUUCACCAUCCCAUAUAAGGACCUAAGCUUGUUAUUAUAAUUAAAUCAAUUUACUGUAGUUUCAUGCAAAUUAUAAUUUUUAAUCCAAAAUUCAUAGGGGAUAUUUAACUGCCUGCUCAGUUAAGCACUGAAUCAACCAAUUAAAUCAUUGUUGAUAUUAAUUGGAAUAAUUAUUUCUGUUAUAAUUAAAGUAUCAUUAGGUUUAAAAUGUUUUUUUUAAAUAACCUGUUGUUCCCAAUGAUAAAAUUACAUUUUGUCAACUAAAGAAUAAUUGCUUUUGUUAUUUAUUUAAUUUUUACAGACUUAUGCAUACAAUGCAUUUAGAUUAGUGUAAUUUGACUUUUGAAUGCAAUUUAAUUUUGGUCAACUUACUUAACAGUCACAGCAAC